AUGUUUGAAAUCGAAUCAAACAUAAAUUUGCCUCGGAAUUGUGGAUCAAAGGACUUUAGACUGGAAAAUUGGAAAUCGGCAUUACGUUUUGGAACCUGGAAUGUACGCACUUUAUUCAAACCUGGAGCAGUAGGAACAGUAGUUAAAGAGAUAGAAAGAUACAAGUUAGGAGUAGUGGCACUACAGGAAUUGAGGUGGCAAGAUACGGGUUCAAUGCAAAUAAGUAAUACAACGCUGUUUUUUGGUGCUUGUGACAGAAGAAGACAAGCUGGAAGUGGAUUCGCGGUAAACAACAAGCUACUAAUAGCUGUAAAAAGUUUUAAAGUUAUAAACCCUAGAUUAACGAUCUUGACACUCGAUACAAAAUGGUUUGGAGUAGUCUUCGUAAAUGUGCAUGCUCCUACAGAGGACAAAGAUGAUAAUGAAAAAGAUGAUUUCUACUCGUUGUUAGACAAUACACUGUGUGAGAUACCAAGAGGCUGUGUACAAAUCAUAUUAGGAGAUUUUAACGCAAAAAUCGGACGCGAAGAAUGUUUUAAGCCGAUAAUAGGAGGGCAUAGUCUACACCAGUUAUCGAAUGAUAAUGGGUGCAGACUUAUUGACUUGGCAACGGGAAGAAAUCUAAGGGUUAAAAGUACCAUGUUCCCUCAUAAGAACAUACACAAAGGUACAUGGAGGUCACCAGAUGGACGACAUGUAAAUCAAAUAGACCAUGUACUGGUGAAUGAAGGAUUUAAUAACAGUAUUAUGGAUGUAAAAACCGUACGUGGAGCCGACGGCGAUUCGGAUCAUUUUCUUGUGGCAGGUAGACUACGAGUGAAGUUAAAAAGAAGACAAGAAAUAAGGAGAGGAGGAGCUACGGGACGGUGUGACAUUGCGAACCUUAACUAUCCAAUGGUAGUUGAGAAUUUUCAAAAAGGUAUAGAGGAAAAGUUAAGAAGGAUGAUUGCAAGUGAGUCAGGCAGAGAAGUGGAACAAAGGUGGAAAACGGUAAAACAACUUAUUCAAGAAGCAGAAAAAACAAUAGGGAAACAAAAAACUAAGAAAAAAACCUGGUUUAAUGAUAUUUGCGAAGAAGCCAUAGCGAAACGAAGCACUCGCAAAAGUCGUGAAUCGGUCUACGGACAACGAUAA